AUGGGGUGGUUGCUCAGCCUCAUGGGUAAGCAAGGGAGGGUUAAGCACAGCUUGCCUUCUCCCACAGGACUGCUGACCUUGCUGAUGUCCUCUGCUGCUGCACCUCUGUCGUUGCCUGCUCCAGGCACUCCUUUGACAAACUACGAGUACAAGAUCUUCUUUGCUGCCCUGAAGAGAGGAAGGAAGGUGGAGAUGACCUGCCAGCUGCGCCAGGCACACGGCUGCCUCAACCCCACCAUCAUGCAGCUAGACCAGGAUGAGAACCAUGGAGGCAUCCCAGAAGGGCCAGUCUGCUCUGCCUUCCCAGAGGCACCACGGUUUCAGUCCUUCUGCCUCUUUGCUCAGUACCGCUGCCUGAAACGCCAGUUCUAUGUCAAGGCCAAGCAAGACUGGGCACAACGCCUGCAUAACAGUGUCUGGCAUCUGGUCCACUGGACCUUCUCCUUGGAGGCAUCCACUGCCACUGAGCUCUCUUCUCUGGACUCCAAUAUCAAGGCAGAGGCAAAGAACACAUCAGUCAGCCCCAAGGAGGAGGUGCAGGAAGCAGUCCCCCAUGGCAGCCUUUUAGCCCUGAAGAAUGCUGAGGCAGUGAUGAUCCUGUGCUAUGAACUGUUGGAGGGAAACUGCCUCUCAUCGUUGGCCACUGAGCUCUGGAAGGAGAUAGAAGCAAAAAUCCUUGGCUUUGGAAACGAGGUGUGUGACAACUUAGGGCGGCGCCACAUGGACCUGUGCCCUAACUGCGCUUUCUGCUCCCUGAAGAGGGAGCAGUGCCAGAACACCCAGAGCCUGCACCGCGAUCGCUGCAAGGCGGGCAGCUUCAUCACCUACAUCAACCCUCAGAUCUUGGCCCAGCAUGCAGGCAACAAGACCAGCUACGCAGGGAUUUCUGAGCACUUGGGCAUGGAGCUUUUUGGAGGGCUGAGGAUGGAGUACUGGUGUGCCCGGAUGGCCACCCGUGGCUGUAACGACCCUCUUGUGGCCCUCUGGCUGAAGGCAGAGGAUGCCAACUUCCAAGAUGGAGAUCACCCAAAACAGGUCUGUGACUCAGAUGGAAUUCAGCACCCCAGCUACUGCGCAUUCAAGAGCCACCAGUGUCUGCAGAAGAACCUCCACAACCAGAAGGUGACUCGCCACAGCUGCAACAGAAACGAGGUGCACCAGGUGCUGACUGAGAAGGAGGGAGAGAAAGAGAUGCGGCUGUGGCACAAGAGAUUCCUCCGCCUCAUCAAUGGGUGA